AUGCCGCCGCUCUACCCCUCGCCGGGGCCCUUUCCCACGCAUCGCGCGCUGGCCGCUGUGAGCCAGGAGGCGGUUCGGCGGUGCUACUACGAGACCAGCAGUGACCGAGCACUCCACGCACGUCCCCUCUCCGAGGAGAUCCGCGGGGAGAAUUACUUGAACGUCCAUGCCAUUGGCCAGCGAAACACCAAGUAUCUGCAGUGGACGCGGAGUGUGACGCCCUUGACGAAUCGUUUGGCCUGCCACCACACGCAGCAGUUCCAACCGCUGGCUUUGGGGGACAACAAGAUCAACACCGACCUCGCAGCCUCCUUCAAGGCCGGCUGGCAGAAGAGCAAGGGCGGGAGCCAGGCCGUGAUGGACAGCAGGACCGUCUACGAAGACACCUUCGUGGGCUGUGACACCGAGGCCCUGGCGGGCGCGCGGCAGCCAAAUCGAAAGCCGCCCCAGAAGCUGACCAGCACCGUCUGCCCACCUGGCGAGCUUCUGGAGACCAAGUCCCACGAGCAGCGGCAUUUUCAGGCGCCCCGCUUGGAUCUUCUCAAAGCCGAGCGGGUGCCGCCCCCCAGGCCUCUCUUGGAGAUGGGGGGAGCACCACGCGACCCGCCGAAGAGGAGCGCCUACGUGCGUGAGCACAUCCUCUUGCGGAGCGUCUCCAGCCCAGAAGUCUUCGCCACCCGUGCCGAGCGCCCGCAGGCCCAGCUGGUGAACCUGGAGGUGCUGGAGCUGCGGCGCAACCCGUACAUGAGCCCCGGCCAGUGA